AUGGCUGGACACAGAUCGCUUAGCAAGUCUCUUAAGAGAACUCUUGCAGCCAAAGAUAUUGCUGUCUUAAGACCCUCAAAAAAUAUAAGAGUCGCUGAAGUACUUGCUGGUGGCCCCGAAAAUCUGGUUUGUACACCAAAGGACUGUAGAAAUUAUAUCUUGAAGAGUAGAAAGCUUCAGUUGAAAGAAGGGGAUGCACAAUCAUUACUCAAGUUCUUCAGUGACAUGCAGCAAAAAGAUAGGGAAUUUUACUACUCAGUAGAUGUGGAUAGUUUUGGUCGACUUUGUAAUGUCGUAUGGGUUCAUUCACACUCUAAGGUUGCAUAUGAAGAGUUCCAUGAUGUAAUAUGCCUUGAUACCACAUACCUUGUGAAUCGAUACAAUAUGCCAUUUGCUUCAUUUGUUGGUGUCAAUCAGCAUAGGCAGUCCAUACUUUUGGGAUGUGCUCUUAUGUCUAGUGAGGAUAUAACAAGUUACAAAAUGGUGCUAUCUACAUGGCUUGGGGCUCUAAACAAUGUUCAUCCAUUAGCUAUCAUGACUGACCAAUGUGAUAGUAUAAAGGCUGCCAUCA